UGGUGGGGGUACUUAUAUGUUUGUAGUGUUUGUGUACAAACUUACCCGAAGUAGUGCUUUAUUUGUACGUCUUAAUUCUAGUUUACAUUCCAAAAACUUCUUACCGAAUAUCUGUAUUUUCUGAUUUUUAAGCAUUUUGUGACGAUGGUUAGGCUAGCAUCAGAAUUUGACGAUUGUCAGUGGAUAUUGCUUUCUGGAGAGGUGCAUGUCACUUCUCAGUUUUCCGUGUGCUGGUUGUUAAUAGACCCGUAAAAUGCCCGAGAAUAUGCCGAAGCAGACCAAGCGUAAAAUAACAGUUGAAGCCGGUCCUAGUAAGAAUAAGGAUUCCCUUCGGAGACCCAGUGUAUUCGAACGUUUGGGAACCAAAGCGACAUUAUCCACAUCAAGUGGUCAGCCAAACAAAGACAAUUUCUGUCAUCACUGGGUCCAGACUGGUACCUGCACGUAUGGAAAAAACUGCAAGUAUGCCAAUACACACACUCUAAUCAGUCCGUCAAAACAGCGAGCUGCAAUAAAAGAUGGAGAUAAUAAACCGAAGCAGAUCCAUAGCUCAAAACCACCAACGAAAGAGGAUGUUAAUAAACGUCUCCACUCCACAGUUGUUGUGAAAAAGACACGAAGUCCAGAUUUGAACUGGGAGAAGUGGGAUCAGACAGACCUGGAAUAUGCAGAUGAAAAAGCUUUGGAGAAAAGACGUCAGCUGCUGCAAAGAGAACUAGAGCUACAAAUGAAAAGAGAGAAGGAGGAACAACAACGGCAAAAAAAGGACAAGAAACCAAAAAAGCAUGGUGGGCCCAGCAGUUCAUCAUCAACAUCGGGCACCACAACCUCUUCAACAGAUUCUAGCUCAAGCAGUGACGAUACCAGCUCAACAUCAAGCAGUAGUUCAACAGAUACUCGACAUAGGAAGCUAAAAUCCAAGAAAAAUAAGCGUGAUUCCAGUUCCUCUUCUGAGACUGAUCAUGGGCUAAAGAAGAAAUCAAGAAUGCGAAAAACAACAGGGAAAAAUGGAAGUCCUUUACCUUCAAUGAAAAAAGCAGUCCUCCCAUCACGACACAGUGAUGACCGUGGAGGCGGUCUACAAGGCUCAUCAUUGGGAAGCAAGAGACGUGAUCCCUCACCUGCAUCCAACCCACACCGAAAACUUUCUGCUUCCGUCAUUGGUGCACCUCAGGCAUCAAAAAGUUCGUCACAGCUAGCAUCUUGUAGUGGCAGUGGAACUGGCAAUGGAGGUGGGAGGAGGCGUUCUGACACACCUCCACUUCGAGGAUCUAGUGGUCAUCGACGGCGCUCCAUUACACCACCCCACAAGGGUAAAGGCCUCAGAUCAUCAUCCCGUUCGUCACUGAACAACAAGACGAACAGUGUAAAGCAUAACCUGUCACCUCGCCCAAAUAGAUCUUUGUCAUCUGAUCGAAAAGAUAAACGUAACAGGAGCAGCUCUCCACGAUCACAAGCAAGAGACAGGGAGAGAGACAGAGAGAAAGAACGUGAGAAAGAAAAAGAAAAGGAAAAAGAGAGAGAAAGAGAGAAAGAAAGAGAACGUGAAAGAGAAAAAGAAAAGGAAAGAGAAAAAGAGCGUGAACGUGAACGAGAACGAGAACGAGAAAGGGAAAAGGAAAAAGAGCGUGAACGUGAAAAAGAAAAGGAACGAGAGAGGGAAAGAGAUCGAGGCAGAAGUCGAUCUCCGAAAGCGAAAGGGAAAGAACAUUUAUCUCGCUCCCCAAGGAGGUCACCGAGACCUUCUAAAGAUACCAGGAAGAAGGACUCUCCUGAUUUAGGAAAUUCAAAGGAUAAAAAUUACAGAACUUCUCCAGGUAAACCUCGGAGUCUCAGUAAUAGUGGCAGAGCACGGGAUAGCAGUUUAGAUAAUAAACGACUUUCAGGGAAAAGCUCACCAAAUAUUGUUAGGGAUGUAGAAAGAACAGAUCCAAGCAGGGAAGGACGUGACAGCUGGGGCAAGCCAUCUGAUUCAAGGAAAGACUAUGACAGAAUCCGAGACAAAGAAGUUGAUCGCAAAAAAGAUGACAGGCGACUGGAGAUUCCAAAAGAGCGGACAGUAAGCAGUCUAGAGCGUACAACUGUAAGGACAACCAAGGAUGAUGUUACUAAUUCAUGUGGAAGACGUGAUGACAUCCGUAAACGAGAUCCGCCACCACCACCACCACCGAUUUUGGGACCACUUGAUAAACCUGCUUCAGAACGUGAUUUUAGUGUUAAAGGUCGAGAGCAUGAUAAUGAAAGGGACAGGAUUCGCGUUAGAGAUACACGUGAUUCAAGAGACUUGAGGGAUCGUGACAGUAAGGACACCAGUCGUGAUGGUAGUGAUCUCAGAAUUGGUCGCGAUCGUGACAGAGAUUCAAAAAGGGACCGUGAUGAAACUGUCAGAGACCAUGACCGUGAUAGAGAUCGUGAAAGGGAGAGGGAUCGUGAACGUGAUAGAGAGCGUGACCGUGAGCGAGAAAGGCGAGAUCGUGAAAGAGAAAAGGAACGUGACAAAGGUCUCAAUAAAGCGCGUGAAUAUGAGCGUGAAUUACCAUCGCUGUUGUCAUUAGCAACACAGCAUCCUAAUCUUGGAGGUCUUGGUGCAAAAGCAACAACAUUACUGAGUGCUAAUUUGGAAAGUAGUAAGAGUCUAGACAAAGGCAUCGGUGGCCUAGGAGGAGGCCUCGGUAGUCUUGGAUUGGACCGAAGUGGUCUGGAUAGAGGGGGCCUGGAUAGGACUGUUCUAGACAGAACUGGUUUGGAUAGGAGUGGAGUAGAUAGAGGUAUAUUAGAUAGAGGGCAGAGACCGGAGAAAGGGAUAGAGAUCGAGACCGAGAUCGAGAUCGUGACAAGGACAGAGAACGUGAUCGUGAUAGGGGAGAGAGACAGGGACCGAGAUCGAGAUCGUGACAGAGACAAGGACCGAGAUCGUGAAAGAGAUCGUGACAGAGAUCGUGAUCGGGGAUCAGACAGAGAACGUGAUAGAGAUCGUGAUCGUGAAAGAGAUCGUGAUAGGGGUUCAGAUCGAGCUCUGGCACGUAUUGCUGCUGAGAGAGGACUCUCUCGUGGUUCUGACAGUAGAAGUGAACGAGAUCGGGAUCGGGAUCGUGUCGUGGAGCGUGACCGAGACCGCGACCGUGAUCGUGACAGGGAUCGGAUCGGGAUCGAGAUCGGGACAGAGACCCGAGACCGAGACAGAGAUAGAGAUCGGGACCGUACUUUUGACAGGUCUGCUGAUAGGGACAGAGUUAGCAGCUUUGAUAGAGGGGACCACGAUAGAGGUGGUGUUGGAUUUGAACGUGCAGGGCUCAUUGACACUCGAGAUAGUCUUGUUGAAAGAGAUUAUGCACUACCAGCACGUGGUCGUGAAGCAGAUAACAGACGACAGGUUUCUGCUGAUGAUAAGGGCUAUGAUAGUCCUUUUGAUAAUCGAAGAGGCCGUGAUGACAGAUCACGUUAUGGUGAAGGUCUAGACAGAGGCCGUUAUGAGGAAGGGGCAGCCACAAGAGAUGAUAGAUUAGUAGACAGGCGUCUGGAUCAACGAGGUUAUGGGGAAGAACGUCGAGGGCGGCGUGACACAGGUUUAGAUACUCUGCGUGGCCGGGAGCUAUGGGAAGGACCACGUACUGAUCGUGAUCUGCUAUACGAGCGAGAUGAUCCGCGACCUACUGGCCCAACAAUAAAGGGACGUGACUGGGAUGCACCAAGAGACUAUACUGAGGGACGAAGGGAAUGGGACGGCCGAGGUGGAAGGCGUGUGCCCCCUGCUGAUUGGGAAGCUUCUGUUCGAGGAGACUGGGCUGAGAAGGAAGUGGGGCUCAUGGCGCCUCUGGAGGAUGAGUGGGGUUUCCCAGUGGCUGGUACUGCUGACUGGCCACCACCACCAUUAGCCCCUCCUGGGCCAUCCACUUUAGCUGAUCGCCGUGGCGGUUGGGGGGCAGCUGCUGCAGACCCUUGGGCUGAGCCUCUUGUUCCUACACCUCUCGGUCGACCGCCACCUACUCGUCUUCUGCCACAUGAACCUCUUAGCCUCUUAGAGCUUGACCCAGGGCUAAGGGAUGACAGUGUUAGGAUGCCACAUGAUGAACUUUUGGAUGCAGAACGGAUAGUGGAGUUGAAGGAGGACAAGCUGCUGGAUGUGAAACUGGAUGACAGUAUGAAGAAGACAGUUGAUGUAUCUGAUAGCUUGCUUCAUGGAAAGCGACCUCGAGAUAAUCUGGAAAUGGCCUCUGAUAAACCAGAUGGAAAGAAGAUUUGUUUGGAGGAUCCUGUAUGUCACGAAGUAGAUCUUAGUGAUAUUAGUGAUGAUGAUGCUGAUGAAAUUCUCAACAGAGAAGACAGUGUGGAGGAGCUGGCAACAGUGGAUAAUGAAGGACCUGGCCUCCCACACAGUAGUGAGGAGGCUGCCGGUGAUCUGUUCUCCAGAGCCCAGGAUGAUGAUUCAGAUGUACCAAGUAACAUGCAGGUGCCUAAGGAGGUACCAACAUCCUUAGCUGCAUCCAUAUGUGUGAAGGAUCAAGAAGGUGGGGAUCAUGACACUGCAGAGCAUGAGGAGCGUACAUUGGUUGUGUCCGAUUCAGCACGAGAAGCUGAUAACAGAGAGAUUUUUGGUGCUUCUAGAAUGGAUGACAGACCGCAUGAUGAAGAAACAAUUGACCAUCUGGACUUCGAGGAUAUAUCAGAUGAGGAAUUGCAAGAGGAGUCCAAAGCUGGCAUUGGGGACGCUUUGGGUGUAGAUUGGGCAAGUUUGGUUGCGGAAUCAAGGCCUAGAACAGAAUCUGUACGAGGUUCAGCACGUCGCCGUUGGGAAGCAAAGUGCAUUCUAUCCAGGAUUGGUGUUUCUGAGCGUUAUCUUGGAGGUGCUGAAGCUGUUGCGGAACUUACUGAACAAUUGGAACAGGAUAGCAAAGGUGACAAUAAAGAAAACAAACCAGUCGGAGAUAACCAAGAGUGUCCUCCAGCUGAAGAAACCACAAAGGAACCAUUGUUCCUACAUCCUGUGGCAGGAAUACACGUAGCAUUGCGUGACAGAGCAGCAAGAAGGAAGGCAUUAUUUGCUAGUUGUGGUCCAUACAGAAGAGCUCUCUCUGCUCGCAGGGAUCUUGCUGUCAGGCGUCAGCUGUGCAAUUUACCAGUGAAAGAGACAAGUGUGGAAUCAUCACAGACAAAUUCUGACAGUGAUUUGUUUCGUCUCAGUGUCCAGUUAUUUGAACGAAGCCUUUAGCAAUGUCAAAGAGACAUAUUGAAAUUUAAGUCUUCAGUGAGUUGAAGUCCUGCAGUUCUGGUUUGACUCUGACUGCCGUAUUUGGGAUGAAUCUCACCAAUGAGACCACACUCAAGGAGAACUACCAGUAUAGUCCAAAUGGCUGCAAAGAGACUGGUUACUGCAGCAGCCCUUUUCUUGUAAAUGCUAAAUGAAUUGUAGAAUGUAUAUUCUAAUGUCGGUCUCCCUCAGCAUAUUCUACAAUUACAGACUCAAGAAUAUUUUAGAGUAAAUUAGUAAUGCAAUUGUGAGUUGUAAGGACCUCAUCAUUUCAGUGUAAACAUUUACUUUGCAGAUGUUGUAUUUGUUCUUUUAAUAUGAUUUGUAUAUUUGUACUUGUGUCAUAGCUCUAAAGUCUACAUUUGUUUCAUGUACUCUAUUUGAAGUUUUGAUUGUAUAUAAAAUAUAAACUGAUGUGUGUGUGUGUGUGUGUGUGUGUGUGUGUGUGUGUGUGUAGCCAUUUUCCAUUUUGUUAGAAUGUUGACUGUGUCUGAAGUAACUUCAGUGAUUUACAGUACUGGUUUGUUUCUUUGUAAAUAGGAGAAAACUGUGUUUACUUGCAAGUGCUGUAUUCUUGAGAUGUUUGUAUUUAACAUUGCCCUGUUUCACAUACAAGUUCUUUGCAAAAUAAUUGUUUUGGUGUUGUAAUACAUGUGCACAAUACAGUGUCACUGGUUUUUUCUGGUAUAAA